GCAACAACUAACACGUUAUUUGUGUUCUUCUUCUUCGUCUUCUUCUUCUUUUGUUUUAUUUUCUUUUGGCUAUUAUACGCAUACUCGAUAGCAGAUAUAGAGAAGAACAAGAAAAUUGAUUGGUUGAUUGAUUGAUAGAUAAAUAAUGGCACAACAGAGGCAGAGAAAGUAUUUGAUAGAAGUAGAGAAGGCCAAAGAAGCUAAAGAUGGAAAGCCAUCAGUUGGUCCUGUUUAUCGCAGUCUCUUUGCUAAAGAUGGUUUUCCUCCUCCCAUUCCCGGCUUGGAUUCUUGCUGGGAUGUUUUUCGCAUGAGCGUGGAGAAAUAUCCUAAUAAUCCCAUGCUUGGUCACCGAGAGUUUGUGAAUGGCAAGGCUGGUAAAUACGUGUGGCAAACUUACAAACAAGUAUAUGAUUUGGUCAUCAAAGUUGGUAAUGCUAUACGGAGCUGUGGUGUUGAACCGGGAGAAAAAUGUGGUAUUUAUGGUGCCAACAGCGCUGAGUGGAUAAUGAGCAUGGAGGCCUGCAAUGCUCACGGGCUUUAUUGUGUUCCCUUAUAUGACACUUUAGGUGCUGGUGCUGUGGAGUAUAUCAUAUGCCAUGCCGAGGUCUCAAUUGCUUUUGUAGAAGAAAAGAAAAUUCCCGAGCUGUUAAAAACAUUUCCAAGUGCUGCACAAUACAUAAAAACAAUUGUGAGCUUUGGCAACAUUGCACGGGAACAAAGAGAAGAGAUGGAGAAGUUUGGUUUAGUAGCAUAUUCUUGGGAAGACUUUUUAAAACUGGGGGAGAAUAAACAAUAUGAUCUCCCAGAGAAAAAGAAAAGUGAUAUCUGCACGAUAAUGUAUACCAGCGGAACAACUGGCGAUCCAAAGGGAGUAAUGAUUUCAAAUGAUAGCAUUGUGACCAUUAUAGCUGGGGUGAGAAGGCUACUUGAGAGUGUGAAUGAACAGUUGACUUCAGAAGAUGUAUACCUUUCAUACCUUCCACUCGCUCAUAUCUUUGAUCGAGUGAUUGAGGAGCUAUUUAUUUCGCACGGUGCUUCUAUAGGGUUCUGGCGAGGGGAUGUCAAAUUAUUAAUUGAAGACAUUGGGGAGCUUAAACCAACUAUUUUCUGUGCUGUUCCCCGUGUAUUAGAUAGAAUACAUUCAGGUUUGACACAGAAGAUUUCUUCAGGAGGCUUCUUAAAAAACAAAUUAUUCAAUUUAGCAUACUCAUACAAACUAAGUUGCAUGAAGAAGGGGCUAGCACAUGAUGAGGCAUCGCCACUUUCUGACAAACUUGUCUUUGAUAAGGUAAAACAAGGGUUGGGAGGAAAAGUACGGCUUAUUUUAUCAGGAGCUGCACCUCUUGCUAUCCAUGUAGAAGCUUUCUUGCGGGUGGUCUCAUGUGCUCAUGUUUUGCAAGGAUAUGGUCUGACAGAAACCUGUGCUGGCACUUUUGUCUCACUACCAAAUGAAAUGGCAAUGCUUGGCACAGUGGGCCCUCCUGUGCCAAAUGUGGAUGUAUGCCUAGAAUCUGUUCCUGAAAUGAAUUAUGAUGCUCUUUCAAGCACACCCCGUGGAGAAAUUUGUGUGAGGGGGAGUACUGUCUUUGCUGGUUACUACAAACGAGAAGACCUCACCAAGGAGGUCCUGAUUGAUGGCUGGUUCCACACAGGUGAUAUUGGUGAAUGGCAAGCAGAUGGGAGCUUGAAAAUUAUUGACCGGAAGAAGAACAUAUUUAAACUUUCUCAAGGAGAAUAUGUUGCAGUUGAGAACUUGGAGAAUAUUUAUGGUCUUGCUUCUGAUGUUGAUUCGAUAUGGGUUUAUGGGAACAGCUUCGAGUCAUUCCUUGUUGCUGUUGUUAACCCCAAUAAGCAAGCUCUUGAACAUUGGGCACAAGAGAAUAGUGUGGAUGGGGACUUCAAAUCCCUUUGCGAAAAUCCAAGGGCAAAACAAUAUAUUAUUGGAGAGCUCACAAAGAUUGGCAAAGAAAAAAAGCUGAAAGGUUUCGAAUCUAUUAAAGCUGUUCAUCUUGAUCCUGAGCCAUUUGACAUAGAACGUGAUCUCCUCACUCCUACAUAUAAGAAAAAGAGGCCCCAGUUGCUCAAAUACUACCAGAAAGUUAUUGACGACAUGUAUAAAAACGCAAGCAAACCCAGUGCUUGAGUGGAGCAUCUCAUUGGUCUGCUGUUCGACGGUGCCUGACUAGUAAUUGCAUUACAUUUUUUCUAGUGACUGUACAUAGGGUAAUUCAUAGGCAUUGCUAUUUGGUGGACCAAGGAAUAGUGCUUUUCUUUUGAAGGGCCAUAGCCUAUAGCAAACGACAGAAAAAUGUUUCAUGUAAUGGAGUUUAGACAAACUUCAUAAAUAUUUUUCUAAUAUUUAUCCAGCAAUAAAUCCAUGUUACCAGAUGUUGCAAUUUGCAUCUA